UGAAACACGCGAAGAAGAAGUCGGCACAGAGACACAACACAACCGCCACUAACUGUUCAAGUUAGAAACCCACAAACUAUGGCACCUUAAAUGUAAACAGAAGAAGGAAAAAUAAAGACUCUGAUAACGUGUGUGAUAUAGUGAGUGACCCUCUCCAGGAUGUAUGCUGUUUACAGACAAGCACACACUCCCACUGCGGUGGAGUUUUCUGUCUACUGCAACUUCAUAUCCAGCAAGGAGAAGAAUUUGGUCGUUGCUGGAACAUCUCAGCUGUAUGUCUACAGGAUUAUCCAUGAUGUCGAGAGUACAUCAAAGACCGACAAGUCUUCAGAUGCCAAACCUCGUAAGGAGAAGCUGGAGCAGGUGGCAUCCUUUUCUCUCUUCGGAAAUAUUAUGUCUAUGGCCAGCGUACAGCUUGUCGGAGCCAACAGAGAUGCACUACUGCUCAGUUUUAAAGAUGCCAAGUUGUCAGUAGUGGAGUACGACCCCGGGACACAUGACCUCAAGUCUCUGUCUCUGCAUUACUUUGAAGAACCGGAGCUCAGAGAUGGUUUUGUACAGAAUGUGCAUAUUCCCAUCGUCCGGGUAGAUCCGGAGAAUCGCUGCGCUGUAAUGCUCGUCUACGGCACCCAGCUGGUGGUGUUACCGUUCAGGAAGGACUCUAUCACUGACGAACAGGAGGGCGGAGUUGGAGAAGGUCCUAAAUCCAACUUCCUGCCGAGUUACAUCAUUGACGUCCGUGAGCUGGACGAGAAGCUGCUGAACAUCGUCGACAUGAAGUUCCUCCACGGAUACUACGAGCCGACGCUGCUCAUCCUGUUUGAGCCCAGUCAGACAUGGCCUGGGCGUGUGGCUGUGCGUCAGGACACCUGCAGCAUCGUGGCCAUCUCCCUCAACAUAAUGCAGAAAGUGCAUCCUGUCAUCUGGUCGCUCAGUAAUCUGCCGUUUGACUGCACACAAGUCAUGCCUGUUCCCAAACCAAUCGGUGGUGUGGUGGUGUUUGCUGUGAAUUCCUUGCUGUAUCUGAACCAGAGUGUUCCUCCUUAUGGAGUUUCUCUCAACUCUCAAACUAAUGGAACCACAGCAUUUCCUCUGCGUGUUCAGGAGGAAGUGAAGAUCUCACUCGACUGCUCUCAGUCUGACUUCAUCGCCUAUGACAAGAUGGUCAUCUCUUUGAAAGGAGGAGAAAUUUACGUGUUGACUCUUAUAACUGACGGCAUGAGGAGUGUCCGCGCUUUCCACUUCGACAAAGCUGCUGCCAGCGUCCUGACAACCUGCAUGGUGACCAUGGAGGCCGGCUACCUUUUCCUGGGUUCCCGCCUCGGAAACUCUCUGCUCCUAAAGUACACCGAAAAACUUCAGGACACGCCACCUGAGGAGGGCGACGAGGAUCAGGACAAAGAGAAGGAUAAAGAGAAACCGGAAGAACCACCGAGCAAAAAGAAGCGAGUAGAAUCUUCCGCCAACUGGACAGAUGAGGUGGAUGAGAUAGAAGUGUAUGGAAGCGAGGCCCAGUCAGGCACUCAGCUGGCCACCUACUCCUUUGAGGUGUGUGACAGCAUACUGAACAUUGGACCGUGUGUGAACGCCUCCAUGGGGGAACCUGCCUUCUUAUCUGAAGAGUUCCAAAACAAUCCCGAGCCUGACCUGGAGGUGGUGGUUUGCUCCGGAUACGGAAAGAACGGCGCACUGUCCGUCCUUCAGAGAAGCAUCCGACCCCAGGUAGUCACUACGUUUGAGUUGCCAGGAUGCCACGACAUGUGGACGGUCAUCUCCAAUGAAGUCAAAGCUGAAGACAAAAAGGCUGCAAAAAGUGACGAUUCAGAGGACGGCGGUGCGGAGACCGGUGAGGACGGAGAAGAUGGAGAGAAGGAGGAGAAGGAGAAAGAGAAACAGGAGGAGGAGAAGACUGAGCCUCCUAUAGAAGACGAUAAGAAGAAACACGGCUUCCUCAUUCUGAGCAGAGAGGAUUCAACCAUGAUCCUGCAGACGGGGCAGGAGAUCAUGGAGCUGGACACCAGUGGUUUUGCUACCCAGGGUCCAACUGUGUUUGCUGGAAACAUCGGUGACAACAAGUACAUCAUCCAAGUCUCUCCCAUGGGUAUUCGACUGCUGGAAGGAGUGACACAGCUCCACUUCAUCCCUGUGGAUUUGGGAUCCCCCAUAGUGCAUUGCUCCGUGGCGGACCCUUACGUCGUCAUCAUGACCGCAGAGGGAGUCGUCACCAUGUUUGCUCUGAAGACCGACUCCUACAUGGGGAAAACUCACAGGCUGUCGCUGCAGAAACCACAGAUCCCCACCCAAUCCCGCGUGGUCACGCUGUGUGCGUACCGAGACGUCAGUGGCAUGUUCACCACGGAAAACAGAGCGAACUCCUCCGUCCAAAAAGAGGACGCCAUCACUGGGAAUCAGUCCGAGGAAGAGACCAUCAUCCAUGACCUCAGUAGCAACUUAGUGGAUGACGAGGAGGAGAUGCUGUACGGAGACUCAAACGCCAGCGCUGCGCAUGGAAGAGAUGAAAUGGGACGCAGCUACGGGAUUCACGGGAUUUAUGGAAGCGACGGACAAGGAAAAGCAGAACCGAGCCACUGGUGCUUCAUCUGCAGGGAGAAUGGAGUGAUGGAGAUCUACCAGCUCCCAGAGUGGCGGCUGGUGUUCCUGGUGAAGAACUUCCCCGUUGGUCAGAGAGUUUUGGUGGACAGUUCUUCCGGCCAAUCGGCAGCGCAGGGGGACGGUAAAAAAGAGGAAGUAACUCGGCAAGGAGACAUCCCGCUCGUCAAAGAGGUGUCUUUGGUCUCACUGGGCUACAUGUGCAGCAGACCGUAUUUACUGGUCCAUGUGGAGCAGGAGCUUCUGAUCUACGAGGCGUUCCCUUACGAUCAACAGCAGCCACAGAACAACCUGAAAGUGCGCUUCAAAAAAGUUCCCCACAACAUCAACUUCAGAGAAAAGAAAACGAAGGUUAAGAAAGAUAGGAAGGCGGAGAGUGGAGCCACGGAGGACAGCGUUUCUGUGAAAAGCCGGAUCGCCAGAUUCAGAUACUUUGAGGACAUCUCGGGAUACUCAGGGGUGUUUAUCUGCGGGCCGUCUCCUCACUGGAUGCUCGUCACGUCCCGCGGAGCCAUCAGGCUUCAUCCAAUGACCAUCGACGGAUCAAUAGAGUCCUUCGCUCCCUUCCACAACAUCAACUGUCCCAAAGGGUUCCUCUACUUCAACAAACAGGGUGAGCUAAGGAUCAGCGUCCUGCCCACCUACCUGUCCUACGACGCCCCCUGGCCCGUCAGGAAAAUCCCCCUGAGGUGCACCGUGCACUACGUCGCCUACCAUGUGGAGUGCAAGGUGUACGCUAUUUGCACGAGUGUGAAAGAUCCGUGCACACGCAUUCCCAGGAUGACGGGAGAGGAGAAGGAGUUUGAAACCAUAGAUCGAGAUGAUCGUUACAUUAACCCUCAGCAGGAGAGGUUUUCCAUCCAGCUCAUCUCUCCGGUCAGCUGGGAAACCAUUCCCAACACACGGUUUGACCUUGAGGAGUGGGAACAUGUGACCUGCAUGAAGACGGUGGCGUUGAGGAGUCAGGAGACGGUGUCCGGACUGAAGGGAUACAUCGCUGCAGGAACCUGUCUGAUGCAGGGGGAGGAGGUCACCUGCAGGGGGAGGAUCGUGAUCCUGGAUGUGAUCGAAGUCGUGCCGGAGCCCGGUCAGCCGCUCACCAAGAACAAGUUCAAGGUUCUGUACGAGAAGGAGCAGAAAGGCCCGGUCACCGCUCUGUGCCACUGCCACGGAUACCUGGUGUCAGCCAUCGGACAGAAGAUCUUCCUGUGGGUCCUGAAGGACAACGACCUGACGGGAAUGGCCUUCAUCGACACUCAGCUCUACAUCCACCAGAUGUUCAGCAUCAAGAACUUCAUCCUGGCUGAAGACGUGAUGAAGAGCAUUUCUCUGCGCGCUACCAACAGGAGAGCAAGACGCUUGUCACUCGUCAGCAGGGAUGCAAAACCGCUGGAGGUUUACAGCAUCGAGUUCAUCGUGGAUAACAACCAGCUGGGAUUACUGGUGUCCGACCGAGACAAGAACCUCUAUGUAUAUAUGUAUUUACCUGAAGCUAAAGAAAGCUUCGGAGGGAUGCGGCUGCUGAGGAGAGCUGAUUUUAACGCCGGAGCGAACAUCAACACGUUCUGGAGGAUGCCGUGCAGAGGAGCUCUGGAGGCCGGCAGCAAGAAGGCUCUGAGCUGGGACAACAAGCACAUCACAUGGUUCGCCACUCUGGACGGAGGAGUGGGCAUGCUGCUCCCGAUGCAGGAGAAGACGUACCGCAGACUGCUGAUGUUGCAGAACGCUCUGAACAGCAUGCUGCCUCAUCACGCUGGACUCAACCCCAAGGCCUUCAGAAUGCUGCAGAGUAACAAACGCUGCCUGCAGAACGCGGUGAGGAACAUUCUGGACGGAGAACUGCUCAACAAAUACCUUUACCUCAGCACCAUGGAGCGCAGCGAGCUGGCCAAGAAGAUCGGAACCACGCAAGACAUCAUCCUGGACGACCUCCUGGAGGUGGACCGAGUCACGGCUCAUUUCUGAGAAACAUUCCCCCCCGACUCGUCCACUGAAAUGUUUUUUACUCAACGGAGAACAA